GUGCACCUUGCUCCUCCGAUCGAUUUUAUUUUGAUUAUAUAAAUAUGAAUUCGAUUACAUCAAAACUGAAGAUAUUACAAUUAGUGCUGGGUGUCAUCCUAUUAUGUGUUGUGCAAAAUGUGAGAUCUGAUUUCGAUCCGAAACUUAUCUGCUCGCUGGUUGUGGAUGGCACAAAAAUGAACGAUCCUCGAGCGUGUAAUGCUUGGAUAGAGUGUGUAGAUGGAAAGCCCAUUGGCGGCAGCUGUGACGAUGGAUUCUCAUACGAUAGGGAGAGUAAAAGUUGUCUGCCCUCGGAUACGGUCAAGUGCAUCUCCAGUGAUCCAUGUGCAGGAGUAGAGACAGGAUUUGCCGCCGAUCCAUACUCCUGCAAUGGCUAUUACUAUUGCAAGAAUUCCAAGGGAACUCGCGGAGAGUGCAAAGAGGGAUAUAACUUUAACCCCGGCACCUUUGACUGCCUACGGAACUUUCCCUGUACACUUGGAAUGGAUCCAGAUAGCAUAUGCAACAUAUUGCCCGACGGCGUCUUUAUCAAAGAUCACACCAAUUGUAAUGGCUGGCAAAUGUGCUGGAAAGGCAACGUUAUCACUGACACCUGUUCCGGCACCUUUUUCUUCGAUCCCGUACACGGCAAGUGUGAUUAUCCCCAAAAUGUUGAGUGCGUUCACACAGAGCCCCCACCCCUAAAAGCAGACCCUGUCUCCUGCCCACAGUCAGGUAUAUUUGUGCCCGAUAAGCAGUCUUGCAAUGGCUAUUUCUACUGUCAUGAAAAUCCCGAAGGUGAUAUGGUUCUAUUGCCAGGCAUUUGUCACGAAAGUCGAUUCUUCAGUAUCGAAAAUCACGGUUCUUGUGUACGUCAAGAAAAGAUUCAUUGCCCCUACGAUCGCUGUGUUCAUUUGGGAUUCACAAACAUUGAGCUGGCUAACCUGUCGGAUGAUGGAUGUCGAGGAUAUGCCAUUUGUCAAGAUGGCAAGACAAUUGACACGGGAACGUGUCCCGAUGGGGAAUACUUUGAUGAAGUCUCUCAACGCUGCACCAACGAGGUCAUAACUUAUGCAGCAUGUGCUCAAUCCAAAGAAACUACUAUAGCCUCGUGAUGAGAAAAAUCUCUUAACUGUUUAUAAAUAAAAAUGUAAAUAUUAUUGUGAUAAUUUUAGUAA